AUGGCUUGUGUUCUUGGAAUAGCAAUAAAUCAAACAAAGGCACUGCAACUAGAGAUGUCUAUACCGUCAGAUGAUCUGAGAAACUAUGUCAGGAAACAAAAUGAAGAACGUAAGGCCCUAGUUGAUAAGUUGGAAUCAGCAUUUGGCAUUUUAACGCAAACAUUGGAUUUGUUGGACGACGGAUCAGCGACUACCGAAUCAGUUAAAUGUAGUUUACAAAAGAGCUGUGGGAAAAUAGUAAUUUUGUUGCAGAAAACAUGUAACAUAAAAAUUCGAGCAGUUGAACAAUCUAUGCAAAGAAUUUGUGAUGAAAAAUGCGAUGCAGCCUCCAAGUUCCUGUACAAAGAGUGCUAUAAAAUAUACGACCAUUUAAGGAAAGCAACACUAGAUGAUGCUAUAAACUUUUUUAAAGUUGAUAUGGUCAUCUCGGGCGAAUUUAGCGGUAAUGCAAACGUUUCUAAACCGGCAACAGCAAUACAACAUGAGGUGGAAAAAGACAUCGGAGGAAAACUAAAUAUAUUUGAUAGCAUAAUAUCAACAACUCGAUUUUGUGUGUCCUUAUCUUUGUUUCUAAUAUUUUUAAAAACCUUUUGGUAUCUUAGAAAUUAUCUAGCCAAGGACGGAUAUGACAAUAUUUAUAUCACUAAACAAUUUAAACAAAUGGAUAAAGAAGCAGGGGAAAAUGGUAGAGAAACCGUAUUGCCAUUAAAACCACGGGAGAGAGAGGAGUAUGUAGAUACUGUAUCAUUUAAACUUAACUCAACAGAGUUAUCUUACUCAAAACUUGGACUGAUUCAAGUGUUGUUACAUUUUCUUCUUUGCGUUCUCAUAGUUUCGUUUGACUAUGCUUUGUACUACAUGUUAAACAUGGUCAAGGAAUAUGGUAAUCUUGAAAUAGAAAUUAAAUCAUCCGGGCGAGUCAAAAUAGAUGUUAAUGGCGAUGGACCUGUGGCUGAGUUCUAUAAGCUUUUGGUCAAUCCUUAUAACCUCGAUCGAAGUUUCAACAGAACCCUCGACAUCGAGCCGUGUUUGCCAGAACCUCGAAGGCCAUCAGGCUCCAUGAUUCCAGUCUUUAUAGUUCUUUACAUCAUAGCACUCGCAGUAGUUUUACUUCGAGCAUAUGGUAUGCGCCUAAGAAGAAAAGUCUCAGCAUAUUAUUGCCCAGAACAGGAGCUGGCCAGACUAGAUUAUCUUCACAAGAAAAUACGCCACAGACGGGUGGGAUUUCUAAAAUUUUUGAGACAGCAAAUCAAAUCUGCACAUAAAGAAGAUCAAGUAAAAAAUCAACUGCGUUUCUCUACGUGGCUUGCAUUCAAUUUUCCAAUCUUAGCGCAAAUUUUACCAAAGAAAGAGAAACUUGAAUGUACAAGUUGUGGGCAACGAGACACAAGCUUCAACAAGGUGCAGUUGACAAAAUGUACAGGGGAGAAGGGCGGUAUGACAUGUGAUGCCGUUUAUUGCGAAGAAUGUUUUACUGCCCUCCAGAAAACCUGUCCCCUUUGUUCAAUGAACGAAAACGUGGUGCUUCGUGAAUAA